AUGUCUGGAGAAGUGCGUUUGAAGCAGUUGGAGCAGUUUAUUUUGGAUGGGCCAACUCAGACUAAUGGGCAAUGCUUCAGUGUGGAAACCUUGCUGGAUAUACUCAUCUGCCUUUAUGAUGAAUGUAAUAACUCCCCUCUGAGAAGAGAGAAGAACAUCCUUGAGUAUCUAGAGUGGGCCAAACCUUUUACAUCUAAAGUGAAACAGAUGCGACUACAUAAAGAAGAUUUUGAAAUCCUGAAGGUGAUUGGUCGAGGAGCCUUUGGGGAGGUUGCAGUAGUAAAACUGAAGAAUGCAGAUAAAGUUUUUGCCAUGAAGAUACUUAAUAAAUGGGAGAUGCUGAAGAGAGCUGAAACAGCCUGCUUUCGAGAAGAGAGAGAUGUGUUAGUGAAUGGGGAUAACCAGUGGAUCACAACGUUACAUUAUGCAUUCCAGGAUGAAAACUAUUUAUACCUGGUUAUGGAUUACUAUGUUGGAGGAGACCUGCUUACGUUGCUCAGCAAGUUUGAGGACAGACUACCUGAAGACAUGGCUCGUUUUUAUUUGGCUGAAAUGGUGAUAGCUAUCGAUUCCGUUCAUCAGUUGCAUUAUGUUCACAG